ACUGGAGGCCUUCCUGUUGGGUAACGGGGCUGAACGUUGUUUGUCCUUAUUAGGAAACGUUGAUUUGGUAACGUCUGACGUCAGAGGAGUCAUAAGACCGUAGUCGGUGCGGAGCGUGGCGCGAGGCCACAGCAACCUCAGGCGCCAGCAUGGCCGCUCACCACCCGCCGUUACAGCUAAAGCGUGAUGUUUUCUUUGGGUUCCUGUUUCACUAGAAGAGCCGGUGUUCGAGUGUCCGGUCAGCCCGGCUCCAUACCGCGCUGCCCGCCAACACUACGUGGUGGUUCCGGCGACGCGGCUAGCUUGGCCGGCUGGUUUGUGCGGAGUUGGUGCGUAGGGGAUGUUGUCGGUGCUGUCCUACGGUCGACUGGUCGCCAGAGCUGUCAUCGGUGGACUUUCUCAGACUGACAGUCGCGACUACAGCCUGGUGACGGCGAGCUGCGGCUUCGGUAAAGACUUCCGCAAAGGCAUCCUGAAGAAAGGGAUGUGUUAUGGGGACGACGCGUGUUUCAUCGCCCGCCACAGGUCUGCUGAUGUUCUCGGAGUUGCAGAUGGAGUGGGAGGCUGGAGGGACUAUGGUGUGGAUCCGUCGCAGUUCUCCGGUACUCUGAUGAAGACGUGUGAGAGGCUGGUGAAGGAGGGACGCUUUGUCCCCAGCAGCCCUGUUGGAGUCCUGACAGCCGGCUACUACGAGCUGCUGCAGAACAAAGUGCCACUACUGGGAAGCAGCACGGCCUGCAUUGUGAUUUUGGACCGGCAGAGUCACCAGCUGCACACGGCUAACCUGGGAGACUCCGGUUUCCUGGUGGUUCGCGGUGGGGAGGUGGUGCACCGCUCAGACGAGCAGCAGCACUAUUUCAACACGCCCUUCCAGCUGUCCAUCGCCCCCCCUGAGGCCGAGGGAGCCGUUCUCAGUGACAGCCCCGAUGCAGCAGACAGCUCCUCCUUUGACGUGCAGCUGGGUGACAUCAUCCUCACCGCCACUGACGGGCUGUUUGACAACAUGCCUGAUUAUAUGAUCCUGCAGGAGCUUAAGAAGCUGAAGAACUCAAACUACGAGAGCAUUCAGCAGACGGCCCGCAGCAUCGCAGAACAAGCCCACGUGCUGGCAUACGACCCCAACUACAUGUCCCCUUUUGCACAGUAUGCCUGUGAUUAUGGGCUGAAUGUGAGAGGAGGAAAGCCAGAUGACAUCACAGUAUUGCUGUCCAUUGUGGCAGAAUACACCGACUAGACGUGGAGGAGGACGUCUGCCUCCUUAAGAGAUGAGCUGCCUUCAGUCCUGCUGGUCAGGAUGUAACAGCUGAUGCUUCCAGUACAUCCGCAGGAUUCAGUCGCUCAUCCCAGAGACGACCAGCAUCUGGUUCCUUUUGCAUUGCAGACCUGUGUGCUGAGGUCCAUCAGGUCUGCAGGAGAGGAGCGUGAGUGGUGCUCCUGAGGGGCAUCAGGGGUCCGAGCCAGCAGAAGAGAACAGGACUUGGUCUGUCAUGUGUGAGGGGAGGGUGCAGAGUUGGUAAAGGGGUGUGUGUGUGUGUGUGUGUGUGUGUGUGUGUGUGUGUGUGUGUGUGUGUGUGUGUGUGUGUGUGUGUGUGUGUGUGUGUGUGUGUGUGUGUGUGUGUGUGUGUGUGUGUGUGUGUGUGUGUGUGUGUGUGUGUGUGUGUGUGUGUGUGUGUGUGUGUGUGUGUGUGUGUGUGUGUGUGUGUGUGUGUGUGUGUGUGUGUGUGUGUGUGUGUGUGUGUCAGCCUGAAAUGCACAAAGCUAAGGAGCAGAUCGAAAAAUAAGAGCUCAGCAUGACAGAGGAUGGUCAUGUGACCAGAUCCAUGCGAAUGUUCUUCGAGUACGAGAUGUCAAAGUUAUGUUCUUGGCCCGUCUGCUGUAGACUUCCAGAGACGGGCGAACGCUUCAGGAAGCAGCAGGUUUUUGCACUCGGCCCUCUCUCCCCGUGUCUGUAGGGAUGUGUGUUAGCUUUAGCUGUGCUAGCUUUACGACGUGCCUUGUAGGGGGGGGGGGGGGGUGAUACUGGCAGAGUCUGCCACCCCAGCUGGCUGGGCCAGGUAUGGAGCACAGAGGCUGAGUAGUUGAGGAGUAGUGAUGAAGCCAUCCCAAUUCAGUUAACAACCUUACCAGUAAGGACUGGAGAACCAGAGCUCCCAGUGACACCAGUCGUGUCAUUUUUAAAGUCCUGAGUGACGGGGCUGCCUCGAUACUAAGCUGUUGCUCCAGUCACCUGGUACUGCUGUAGGCGACCUGCUUCCUGACCCCCACCAACACGUCCUGCUUCUGUUCUCCAUCCUCCAGACCAAGUCACGACUUGUAAAUAAGAUGUACAGUUCACCUGAGGACAAAUGUAAAUCUGUACCAUAUUUAAAUAAAGACAAGUAUUUAUUAUAA